AACACAACUAUACGAAUCCACUAUAGGUAAAAAUGGUGAACUUCCGGCAGUCGUCAGCGUUUGCUAUUGUGUGUUUACUUCUGCCAAUUCUCUCUUCACCCCCGGCUUCUAGCGACGAAUGCUCAGGCCAUCAAAGAAACAAGAUAGUAGGUAUACUGAAUGAUGUACCCUGGGAAGAUCUAGCUGACCAACUGAACCUCACCCAAACAAACUCCAUCUAUGGCACCUGCCAGAACGACAAGAACCCUGUUCCGUGCAGGUUAAGGGAAGUCUUUAAAAGGUUUAUAAAUGCUCAAACAGCUGAGUCGUGCUGUGAGACUAUACAGAAAAUUGCCAGUGCUCUUGAAAUGCUCCCAGACCCUCGCAAAUACGAAGCCAGCAAGCUAAGAGAAAUGUGCACUUAUACAGAGAGUGGUACAUCGGAUUUGAGUGAACCAAGUGUCCUCGAAGAAAACCAGCCCACACACUCAACAAUGAGUAGAGCAAGUCCAACACCAGAACACGAGAACCAAUCAUUCUUCCAAGAAAAUUGGAUGAUCUUGGCUCUUUCAGUAAUAGUUUCAGCAAUAGUUGGAAUACUGACCGUCUUCUACUUGGUGUUUAGAAGCAUAUCAGGAAUAAAGGUUGGCUCUUCUGAUCAAAUCAAACUGGAAAACAAUAAUAUUGGGGCCUAUCCGUGGCAGGUUUGGCACCGAGCAGAGAAAAAGCUGGUACGAAAACAUGCUUCCGAGUUUGUUAUAGCGAUAGUGGACAGUGGUAUAAAAAAGGAGCAUAUUUCAUUCAAGUCAGACAUCUCUCGACCAAAACCCAAGAUACUUCCCGAAUCAAAGGACUUUACGGAUGACAAUGACAUCAUUGAUAGGUAUGGACACGGAACAAACUGCGCCGCAAUAGCUGCUGGAAACAGUGGCAAAACAGGAGAAGAUUAUGAUGGUGGAGUUGCUUCAGAGGCUUCCCUGCUUAUAUGCAAAGUUACCAAAUUCAGGAAAUACACCGUUAACAAAGUUAUCGAAGCUCUCAAGUAUAUCAAAGAACUUCACGAGCAAGAAAGGGUGACCACACAUGUUGUUUCAAUGUCGUUUGGGUUCGAAACUGACUCUAAAGAGCUAAAGAAAUACAUUGACGACUUGACUGAUUUAGGCAUCAUUUGUGUUGCGGCUGCUGGAAACAUGGGAGACACUCCAGGAACAAAAGUGCCAUUCCCAGCAAGGUAUCCCAAGGUUUUUUCCAUUGGAUCACACGACGCUGUUUUUAAGCUGGCACCGUGUGCUGCUAACCCCGAGAAUAACGACGACAUUGACUACACCACCUUUGGUGAGGCUGUCUGCGCCGCCGCAAUUGAUUCCAAUGUAGCGUUCGGCACUUUCAGUGGUACCUCCAUGGCAGCACCGGUGGCCGCAGGGCUUAUUGCAUGUGUUCUAGAGCAUGAAUGUUGGCUUCAACUAACGCCAGGUACGUUUAACCAAGUGAGGCUUUACCUGAACCAAAUGGCAAAGCCAGGCGAAAAAUUCAAGUCACUGCGUCCUUUCCAAGUGUUUAAAACAGUAGACUAAUGCCUAUGGAGCACAGACGAAUGGAAGACAAUCUUUUAUAGGUAUUUUUGUAAUUAUAGGAUAUUUGCCCAAACACACACAUGUACGAAGACUUUAUUACCCUCACGCUGUAUAUUACGCAAGCACAUGAACUAUAAUUAUUUUAAUGAUUGUUGGUGAAAGAAGU